CCAUACCGAUAGCACCAGUGGGCGUGGCUAUAAAUGCACCUACCCUACGUCAUCACAGUUGAGUCUCAUGUUUACGUGGAAAAUAUGGCGGCGGACUACAAUCAAGGGGAUAGCCAGUGAUUGGGAAUCACGGCAUUGGAGAGAUAGUCCGCUUUCCGCUGUGAGACUUCCUUUUCCUCCUGGAUAUUUCUUAUGAAGCAGUUUUCUUGUUUCAGUCUCGGAGUCAGCGGGAAUGGAGGACGAGGAGAGGCAGAAGAAGCUAGAGGCCGGCAAGGCUAAGUUGGCUGAGUACCGCCAGAGAAAAGCUCAUGCAGACUCCCAGAAGAAGCAGAAGAAGAAGAAGAAAAAGAAGCCGGCCGAGGAUUCGGAGGCAGAAUCGCAGGGAAGGGUGGAGGUCGAGCCGGAUCAGUUUGUGGGUGGAGAAGGAGAACGAGAGGUCAAGGGUGAAAGACGAGAUGAAGGGAGUGAGGAAACACCCACCACAGAGUUCACCUUCACCAAGACGCUGAAGAGCGGAGAGACGGUCAGGCAUGACCAGACCUACAAGAUAGAGCCUGAAAGCGAAGUUUCCACCACAGCGGAAGAUUAUUCCUCAGAAGUAAAUGGCUGCCUCCAUGAGAUGACAGAGAGCCUAAUGAUGCCUUCACAGGAUUUUAUCUGGGAGGAGGUGGAGGCCCUGCAGCAGCCGACAGAGGGACGGACGGUCCAGGACAUGGAGGACGCGCUAGCAGCCAAGAAUCAAGCUCUGGAGGAGUUGAGUCGAGAGCUGGAGGAAAUGAGGUCAGCGUUUGGUGCCGAUGGUGUGCAGCAGCUGCAGGACUUUGAAGCUGCUCUGAAGCAGCGGGACGGGAUCAUCACCCAGCUCACGUCCAACCUGCAGCAGGCUCGCGAGGAGAAGGACGAAAUCACAAAAGAGUUCCUGGCGCUGACAGAGCAAAGCCAGAAACUUCAGAUCCAGUUCCAACAGCUGCAGGCCGGCGAGGCGCUGAGGAACACCAGCCACAGCAGCACCGCAGCAGAUCUCCUGCAGGCCAGGCAGCAGCUUGUUCAGUACCAGCAGCAGCUGGAGGAGAUGAGUGCGGAGGUCAAAGGGCAGCAGGAGACGAGCAGCAAGCAGGUGCAGCUCAUCAGCCACCUCCAGCAGAAGCUCAGUGAGGUGGAGCUGUCAGGGAGAAGAUCGGAGGAAUCGUUCGUAGAAAGGAUAAAGGAAAAGGAGCUGCUGAUCGCCGAGCAAGACAAGGUUAUUCUGAGUCGGGAGCAGUCGCAAAGACAAGCGGAGGAAGACUUUGCACAAACAAUAGAAGAUAAAAAUCAGUUAAUUUUACAACAAAGUGCAACAAUCAAAGAACACGAGCAGGCAUUGAUGCUGCUCAGGCAGGAAGUCGUUCAUGCAGGAAGGACUAGAGAUGAGAAAAUCAUUCAGGACUCUGAUGACAAAGACACAGUUAUUGCAGAGAAGGAGAGGGUCAUUUCUGAACGCGACUCUGAUCUUAUCCGGUUGAAAGACGAGCUGGAAAACUCCGAAAAACACCUGCACGAGCUUCGGCUGCAAGUCGCUUUAAAGGAAUCUGAGCUUGAAAAGUGCCUGACUGAGUUAGGAAGCACAAAAUCUGAAUUAAUAACCUGCAAAAGUGAAAUGGAGAGUUACAAACUGGAGCUAGAGAAGGAACAAAAGGAGUUAGAAAGCUGCAAAGGAGAACUCGCAAACUCCAGACAUAGAGAACGGAUGUCAUCCAGUGAAAUCAUGCAGCUCAUGGGAACAGUAGAAGAUCUGCAGAAACUCUGCCACCAGGGGAGCAUGUCGGAGAGCGACAAGUUUCAAAAAACGCAGGAAGAGACCGCCAGGAAGCUGGAACUUCUCAGGGCAGAACUGGAUGAAAUGUACGGACAGCAGAUUGUCCAGAUGAAGCAGGAGCUCAACUUGCAGCAUGCAGCCAGAAUGCAGCAGAUGACUGAGCAACAUCAGACUGAGAUCGAGCUUCUAAAAGCGACGUACGAUGAAACCAGAUGGGAGCUGAGUCAAGUCGCACAAGAGAAGUCGAAGUUGCAGUCCAAGGUUGAGAGUCUUGUUGGUGAUCUAAAUGCUGCUAGGCAUCACGUGGAGCAGGUCUCCACCAGGCUAGCGUCUCAGGAAACUUCCCAGCAGCUCCAGGAGAUCAUCCAGGCUCUGAGGGACGAGCUGUCAGCUGCUCAGGAAGCCGCCGUGGAAGCAGAAACCAAACACGAGUCCGAAAUCACCAACUACAAGAUCAAGCUGGAGAUGCUCGAACGGGAGAAAGACGCCGUCCUGGACCGGAUGGCGGAGUCGCAGGAAGCGGAGCUGGAGCGCCUACGGACGCAACUCCUGUUCAGCCACGAGGAAGAGCUGACGAACCUCCGAGAGGACCUGCAACGAGAGAGCUUCCUGAAUGCGGAGAACCUGCUCAACGAAGCCGCCGUCCGGCACGAGAAGGCUUUGGAUGAGUUGCGUGUCGGUCACACUCAGCAGUUGGAUUUGUUACAGAAAGAGAAGACGAGUUACGCUGCAGAGAGGAACGACCUUCUGCGAAAGAUUCACGGGCUGGAGGAAGAUCUGAAGCUGGCUUUGCAAAGCUCCAAAACGGAGGAGCUAGUUCUGCAGCUCCAGGAGCUUCAGGUUGAACUCAAGGAACUUCGAAAAGGUGCCCAAGAUCGAGUGAGGAUGCAAAAUCAAAUCCAGUUGUUACUGAAACAGACGGAGGUUCUGGAAAACCAGAAAAAGGAAAAAGAACAGAAACUACAGGAGCACGAGGAGGAGAAGGAGACGUUGUUUCAGUCUAAUAGCGCUUUAAGAGACAAGAUAGAGAUGCUAACGGCACAGAACGAUCAGUUCCAGCGACGGGUAGACGAGCUUCGCGAGGACAUCGAGAAGCAGAAGAGCACUUUCUCUUUUGCAGAGAAGAACUUCGAGGUGAACUUCCAGGAGCUCAAGGAAGAGUACGCGAGCCUGGCAGAGGCGAAGACGCAGCUGGAGGAGAGGACGCUCAGGGAGACACUCGAAUUUGAGGCGAAGAUCGCACGCCUUCAGUCAGACAUCCGAGAGCUGGAGGAGCGGAGCGGCAACGUGAAAAUGGAGCGCGAUCUGAUGGAGAAGCUUAAUGUUACUUUGAAAGAGAAGAAGAGCCAAGCUGAUCGGCUCUCUGAAGUUACAGAGCGACUGAUGGUUACUGAGACCCGAAUCAGGCAGCUGGAUGAAGAUUUGAUCAAAGCCAGGCAGAAAAAUUCAGAGGUCAUCGCCAAAAAUGAAAGCCUCUUAAAGGAACUGGAGAAAGCACAGGAGAUUAGCAGCAAGCAGAAAAAACUCCUUCAGAAGGAAGAGCAAACUGUUGAGGCGGUUUCUCCUUCAGAGGAUCAUCGCCUUCAGAUUCAGUCGCUACAGCAGGAGAUCAAAGCUCUGACGGCUCGUUUAGGUGCAGCCGAAGCAGAGAGAGACGGCGCUCUGCGCACUCUGGAGCUCCACAGGCUCUCGCACACUCCGUCUCCGGCGGCGGCGCACUCCUCUGGGGAGGGACCUGUUGAGGGACGAUCCUCCCCGCACAAGCCGGCGUCCUCAGGGUCAAGCAGGCGCAAAAGGCGGCAGAGGUCGAAGCAGGAGCGCAGCAGAGCCGGCUCAGCGGCUUCAGAGGAGCGACAGAGGGAGGAGGAAGAGCGAGCGAAAAGUGCUGCAGAGGAGGAGAUGCUGCCUCAGACGCAGAGCCGAGUUAUGUCAUGUUCACCGGAGAGCGCCGGUAAGGAGGACUCCGCCGCCGGGUACCAGGGAGACGGAGGCAGAGGCUACAUCAACAAAGCGGUGAGCGGACAGGGGAUGGGCUGUCACACGGAGUGUGCUGAAGAGGAAGAAGAGACCUCUGAGCAUGAGGAGUGCAGGCUGCAGAUGGAGGCGCAGCGCAUCAGCCUGUCUCAGAUUCACGCCGCUCAGCUGGAGCUGCUGCAGGAAGAGACGGACGCCUCUCUGGACCUCAGAGAGCAAAGUGGCUCGGGUGGCAGAAAAAAAUCCAAACACAUGAUAGAAGCUGUGUCAGAAGAAUGCAGUGAGAUAAUUCUGUCUUUCCAGAAGAUUUUUGGUAAAGAGUUUUUGGAGAGUGUCAACACAGCAGACCUGUCGCUUAUUUCAGAGGAAAGACCAACAACUAGUGAAUCCACCUCCAUUGUUCAGGAGGCUAGAGAGUUAUACACCAAUCUUUGGCAGCUGAGGGAGAAAAUUAAGCAUGAGCACGAUCGUCUCUCUCAGCUUCAAGAUCUGCUGAGAUCUGAUGUAAAUAAGAUAAGUGAGCUGCAGGUGGCCUAUGAUGAACUGAAGAUCAACAGUGAGAAGCAGAUGUCUGACCUCAAUGCACAGCUUGCCACAAUAAAUCUUCCUACAAGCAGAGAUCUGGGGGAGCAGGCCGGGGAAUCGGACCCGACAUCAGUGGAGCUCCAGAGGCUGAAGGCCGAGGCUCAGGUGAAGCAGCUCCGGCUGGAGGAGAGCCACCGACAGGAAAUGGAGCGCCUCAGGGCUCACUACCAGCAGCAGGCCGCAGACACGGAGGAGCGCUACGCCACAGAGCUGUUUGUGUUGCAGCAGCGACUGCAGGAAGCCACAGGAGCCCAGACUUACUACAGCUUGUCCAGCAGUCCAGAGUUCGGCUGUGAGGGGACGGAGGAACGAAAACAGGAACUAAAGGAGCGGAGUGAGGAAGACGUUUCAGAGCGAGACGAAGGGGUGCGCCGCUCUGCCAGGCCGUCUAGCCUGACGCCGCAGCUGCAGGCGCUCAAGAAAGCUUUGCACCACAAGUACGACCAAGAGGUGGCAGCUCUUAAGGAGCAGCACAGCAUCGAGCUGCGAAGACUGAGAGAAGAAAGGGAAAACUGGGGAGGCAGAGGAGAGAGGAGGCUGGAUCGUAACGGGGUGAACGGAAGCUCGACGAAGAGCCUCGGCGCCGCUGGACUGGAGGACAGACUGCAGCAGGAGAGGGUGGAGGAGGAAGUAGCAAAGGCCAUAGUCCAGAUGUCCGUGGAGUUCGCGCAGCAGACUGAGCUGGCUCGGAUCCGGAGACGAGCCAGCCAGAUGAACAGCUCCAUGCAGACCCAGAUGGACGAGGAGGACGUCGACGGGGAGAUGGAGGAGCAGACUCCCAGGGCUUCCCCGCCUGCAGGUGUCUGGUUAGAGGAAGCGGAGAGAGAGAAACUGGAACGGGAACUGGAAGAGAGGAACGCUGAGAUCAGAAAACUGAAGGAGGAGCUGCAGAAAACUGAACUUGAGCAGGCCUUGAAGAAGAAAGGCGAUGGUGAGGCGGAAGAUGAAGAAGAGGAGGAAGAUUCAGCUCACACAACUGUAGAUGAAGAACUCAAAAUAUCAAGAAUAUCAAGGCAGGAUGAUGGAGAGUCUUCAGAUAAAGAUGCUGAAAGAAAGUUGCUGUGUGAAGCCAACAGGAAGCUCAGCCAAGUGCUUGUAGACGUCCUGAAGACGACCGCUGCAGCUGAGGAAACUUUAGGCCUCCACAUGCAAAGACUGUGUGAAGCUUCAGCUGCAGUGCAGCCUAGCGAGUCGAACGUACAGACACAAACCUGCCAGAGUGACACUCCAGAAACUCGCCAGAGCAGGAAAGCUGGUGCCGACGCCAGGUUCUGGUCUGGUAAGUUGGAGGCUGAAGAGGUUCUGGAGUUUCCCCAGGAGAUGAUGGACCGGCUGCUCCUUGGGGCAGAAUCACAGCUUGAGAGCGAGGAAUAUUUCCUGGGCAUCAGCAGACGACUUCAGGCAGCUGUGAAGAAGAUGUUGGUGACCAUAACGGACACGACUAACCAGCUGGAGCACGCCCGCAUGACCCAGACUGAGCUGAUGCGGGAAUCCUUCCGCCACAACCAGGAGAUCACGGAGCUGCUGCAGAAGCAGGAGGAGCUGCAGGAGAGGGCGACGGAGGAGGCCCGAGCCCGGGAGCAGCUGGCUCUGGAGCUCCACCGUGCCGAGGGUCUCAUAGAUGGCUACACGGGAGAACGAGCUGCGCUGGAGGAGCGGCUGCGUCAGAAGGAAGAGCUCCAGCUGAGCCUCGAGCAAGAGCUGCAGGUAACAAGUAGCCGGCUGCACGAGUUGGAGCAGGAGAGGCUUCUGAUGCUGGAGGAGCGCGAGCUGUUGUCACGGCAACAGGACGCCAUGAGGGAAGAGGCGGGGCCACGUGAGCUGUGCCUAGUUGAAGCUGCAAUGGUUGCAGCACCUGAAGCAGACCUGCUGGAGGAAACAGAGAAGCUGAUGAAGGAGAAGGUGGAGGUUCAGCGGCAGGCGGAGAAGGAGAACACCGACCUGCUGAAGCAGGUGAAGCAGCUGGAGGACGAGCUGGAGGAGCAGGUGAACAGAGUCAUCGAGCUGGAGCAUUCCCAGACGACGGAGACCGGCGACCUCCGGCAGCAGAUUCAGGCCCUGGAGAAACAGCUGGAGAAAAACAAGAAGUUUCUCGACGAACAAGCUGUGGACCGCGAACACGAGAGGGACGUUUUCCAGCAGGAGAUCCAGAAACUGGAGCAGCAGCUGAAAAACCCGCAGAAGCUCCAGCUCGGUUCUGAGCAACGGAACCAAGAGCAGGUGGAUGGAGUAAUCCUGAAGGUGGAGCAGCUAAGCGCCCAGCUGAAGGAGAAAGCAGAUUGCUGCAGUGAGCUGCUGCUCGGCUCUGAGCAGCUGCGUCGUGAGUUGGGAGAGCGCGACGAAGAGAUUGAAAAGCUGGAGAGCCGCAUCCGCGAGCUGGAGCAGGCCCUGCUGGCCAGCGCGGAGUCCCUGGAGAAGGUUGACUCAAAGAAGCAACAUGCAUCCAUCACUGAGACGAAACACUCCAGCCUGGAGGCUCAGCUUCAGACGGAGAGAGAAGCUCUGGAGAGGAAAGAGAAAGAGAUCUGCAACCUGGAGGAGCAGCUGGAGCAGUUCAGGGAGGAGCUGGAGAACAAGAGCGAGGAGGUGCAACAGCUCCACAUGCAGCUGGAGAUCCAGAGGAAGGAGCUGAGCAGCCAGCAGCAGUUCCUGGAGGUCAGGGACAGCCUGCUCCAGGUGAUGGAGGAGAGGGACAGAGAAAUAGCUCUUCUUAAUGAACAGAUCUCUAAGCAUCAACACAUGGAAACCGCCUUUGACAACAAGGAAAUGGAUGCAAAGGAUGAGCUGAUUAAAGAGCUGGAGUUCCAGGUGGAGUAUCUGCGGAGUGAGCAGGACCGUCUGAAGACGGACAGAGAAGAAGAGGUGGACCAGCUGAACGCGGUCAUAGAGAAACUCCAACAGGAACUGGCCAACAUCGAGCCAAAACAGCCGGAGGCGGAGGAGGAGCUGGAGAGCGGAGGACGUGUUGCAACCAAAGAGGAGUUUGAUGAAAUGAAGCAAAGGAUGGACCUGGCCACCAAAGAGCUGGACUCUCUGAGAGCAGAGCACAGCGAGCUGCUGGAGAUGUACCUGCGCCUGAAGCAGAGCGCAGAAGCCUCGGCUGAGACGGAGAAUCUGGGCGGCGCAGAAAGCGAACUCGAAGAAGCUCUGAGAGAAAAAACCGCAGGUCUGGUGGUUCUGCAGGCUGAAGUUCAGGCGCUGGAGCAGAGCGCCGCGUCCAGAGUGGAGGAGCUGGAGCUGCGAAUCCGGGAGCUGGAGGCCCUGGUUGAGGAGAAGGACUCGGAGGUGGAACGCUGCCGGGUUCUGAUGGAGGAAACUCAAAGCCAUGCAGACGAUCUCCAGCAGAAGGUUUCCGCUCUGGAGGGAAGUCUGAGGGAGAAAAUGGCCGAAGCUCUGGUUAGCCAGGCCACUCUGGAGGCCUUCCAGCAGCAGCAGAGGACUGAAGCAUCCAAACGAGAAGCACACAGCCGCCCCGCAGCUGCAGCCUACGAGUUUGGCGACUUCGGCAUCCUGCAGAUGGAUUUCAGCAGCCUGGGUCCGGCCAGGCAGGCGCCAAGAGGGAAGGUGGCUCAGCUGACGCAGAAGCUUCGGGACCUGGAGGUCGGACUGAGCGGGAUGCAGGAGGACCAGGAGCUGCAGAAGCAGCUGCUCUCCAGCUCCGAAGAGGAGGUGCAGGAGUACGAGAGGAGGCUGGCGGUUCUGAUGGAGCUGCUCAGUCAGAUGAAGGCCGGACCGCAACAGAGAGCAGCGCCGCCGUCUAACGAGUGGCCGCCUCCUCAGGCCUCCUCCCCCGAGCAGCCGGGUGUGUCGUCGCUCCUUCAGGAGCUGCAGGAGGUCCGAGACGAGGCGUCCGCCACCGAGGAGCAGCUGCAGAGCCUGCAGGACGACUGCAGCAGACUCAGACAGGAGCUCCACGAGAAAACUGCGACUGUACAGAGACUCCAGGACCAACUGGACACGACGUCAGCAGCUGCAGGCGAAGAGACGAAGACGUCUGAGCUUGAAGAGAGACUGGCUGAGGCUCAGACUGAGGCGGCGGCAGCCAAAGAGCAGCUGAGCAGCUGCAGGGAGAGUCUGGACAAACUGCAGGAGCUGCUGCAGGAGCGGGAAAUGACCAUCGCUCACCUUAAAGGAGAACUUUUCCAGGUAAAAGCCUCAGAGGACGGAGCGGACAUGACGGAUCUCCUCCAUGAACUCCAGGAGGCCAAAAGAGAAGCAGCUUCCACCAAAGAAGAACUGAGCGUCUCUCUGGAGCGUCAAGCGAAACUUCAGGAGGACAUUCAAACUCACAAAGUCUCCCUUUCUAAGCUCAACGAGGAGCUGCAGGAGGCGAGAAGCAGAAUGAGCGCCACCAAAGAAGAGCUGACGAAAUAUCAGCAGCAACAUGAGAAGCUUCAAGACGAGAUCCAAGGUCGUGAGGUUUUGCUUUCUGAGCUCAAACAGGAGCUGCAGGAGGCGAGGAAAGAAGAGAAAGUUUGUGAAGUUUCUGUUUCCACCAAAGAAGAGCCGAGUAAACAUCAGCAGCGUAACGAGGAACUUCGCCGAGUUCAAGAAGCCUCGCUCUCCCAGGAGCUGCAGGAGAUGAGCAGCAGCGUCGACGCCUCCAACGACGAGCUCAGAGGCUACAGGCGGCAAAACGAGGAACUCCUGGAAGAAAUUUCAAGACUUAAAGCAGAGCUGCAGGAGAUGAGGAGGACUGCGGUUGCCGCCGAAGAAGAGCAACAUGACAAGGAAGACCAUCAAGAAGUCGGAGUCCGUGACAUGAGGGGUGCAGAUGCCACCAAAGAAGAGCUGGCUAAAUAUCAGCAGCAAAAUGAAAAGCUUCAAGAGGAGAUUCAAGGUCGUGAGGUUUUGCUUUCUGAGCUCAAAGAGGAGCUGCAGCAGAUGAGGAAGAGUGCAGACGCCUCCACUCAAGAACUAGCUAAAUAUCAGCAACGUAACGAGGAACUUCUUGAAGAAGUCAGAGUUCGUGAAGUCUCUCUGUCUGAGCUCAAACAAGAGCUGCAGGAAAUGAGAAGGACUGAAUCCAAAGGAGAGCAAAGUAACGAGGAACCUCAUGAAGUCUCUGCUUCUGGAGAGUUACCAGACGCCACCAAAGAAGAACUGACUAAAUAUCAGCAGCAAAACGAGAAGCUUCAAGAGGAGAUUCAAACUCACAAAAUCUCCUUUUCUAAACUCAGUGAGGAGCUGCAGGAAAUGAGAAGCAAAAUGGACACCACAGAGGAAGAGCUGACUAAAUAUCAGCAGCAACAUGAGAAGCUUCAAGACGAGAUCCAAGGUCGUGAGGUUUUGCUUUCUGAGCUCAAACAGGAGCUGGAGGAAAUGAGGAGGAAUGCAGACGCCACCAAACAAGAACUGACUAAAUAUCAGCAGCAAAACGAGGAACUUCAAGAAGAAGCCCGGAUCCGUGAGAUCCGUAUCUCUGAGCUCAAAGAGGAGCAGCAGAAGAUGACGACUGCAGUCGCCUCCGAAGGAGAGCAGAAUAACGAGCAACUUCAUCAAGAGGUCCGAGUUUGUGAAGCCUCUGUUUCUGAGGAGCUGCAGGAGGCGAGGAGGAGCGCAGACGCCACCAAAGAAGAGACGACUAAAUAUCAUAAUGAGAAGGAGGAGGAGAUUCAGGGUCGUGAAGAAUCUCUGUCGAAGGUCAGAGAGGAGCUGCAGGAGAUGAGAAGCAAUAUGGACGCCACCAACGAGGAGCUCAGAUGCUCCAGGCAGCACAAUGAGGAACUCCUGGAAGAGAUUUCAAAGCUUAAAGCGGAGCUGCAGGAGGCGCUAAUGAGGGCAUCAGAAUCUGUUCCUCCGUCUCCUCAGCCGCCGUUCUCUGCCUCCUCAACAUCCACCGCUCAGCCCAAACGGAAAGGCGCCAGGCAGCCGGCCGCAAAGGGGGGCAGCGCCAAGGAGAAGCCGUCGCUUUCCCGGAAAAACUCCGCCCCGGACAAGACUCCGAGCCCGCAGCCGAACAGCGGCUCGGAUCAGCACCGCGACGCCACGACGGACUCCUUCACGCAAACCGAACCCCUCCAGAUGAGCGACCUGAGCCAGACCGCCGCCAAGGAGCAGAUCGAGGAGGUGAUCGGGGAGUUUCAGGAUAAGAUCGCCCAGAUGCAGGAGCUGCACGCGGCGGAGAUCCUGGACAUGGAGGCGCGCCACAUCUCAGAGAGCGAGAACCUGCGCAGAGACACGCAAGCUCUGGAGGACGAGUGCAAAAGUCUGAAGGCCGUCAUCGACAAACUCUGCUCCACUGAGGCGCCUCCAUUAAGACCAGACCGUCCUGCUUCCCAGUUUAAAGACGGCUACACCAGUGACAGCAGCUCGGACUACAGCCAGAGGACUGGAUUCGACGUCCCGAGUUUACAGCAGGAGUUCAGGUCGACUCCAGAAGGCGCCAGGAGAGAAACGGACGAUCCUCUUCCCGACCGGAUCAAGACGUUGCUGCGUGAGGUUCACCAGGAAGGGAUGCAGGUUCUGUCCCUGUCCGAGCUGCCGCUGCCCGAAGGCGAGCCGGGCGGCCAGUUCAGCACGGACGGCUGGGCGAAGGAGAGAGACGCCCUGCUGGCGACGGUCCAGUCGCUCAAAGGCCUCAUCACCCAGAUGCAGACGCUCAGCCAAUCACAGACGUCGUGUGGCAUCGCUGACUGGCGCGCACAGCUGCUGGACGCAGUGCGACAGGUGUUCAUGAGGGAGAGAAGCGUGCUAAAGAGCGCCCUCUACAGCCAGCUGGACCGACUUGACACCAGCGACGCCAUCGUUCACCUCAAUCAGCUGGAGCGCCUGCUGGCUGAGCAGGACGCUCACCACAGGGAGGCCAUGGGUUCGCUCCAGGCUGCAGAAAGGUCCAGUCUCCUCUCUGAGGUCCAGCAGCUCCGGGGUCAACUGGAGCAACUCCAUCAAAGUGCACAGCCUGGUUUGUCUUUAACUGCUGGUGGAACCAUGGAGGAGCGGAGAGGAAGAUCAGCCGACGGAGCAGCAGAGGCAGACGGGUCGAUCUUAGAGGAAAUGAAAGCAGAACUUUCUCAGACUAAACUGGAGCUGGAGACGACGCUGAAGGCCCAACAGAAACACCUGAAGGAGCUGGACACACUGAGGGUGGAGGUCUCUCAGAAAGCUGCAGAGCUGGACGCCCUGAAUGACGAGCUGAUGGAGGAGAGGAAGCGGAGCAGAGACCUUCAGUGGGCGGCGGAGAAGGAGCGGUGCCGCUCCGGUCGAGACGAGGACACCAAACGAGAGGAGCUGGAGGACCUGCAGCUGGCUCUGGACGAGCAGAAGGCGCUGGCGGACCGACUCACGCAGACGCUGCAGCAGGAGCGGCAGGCGUCGUCACAGACUUCCCAGCAGGCCGAGCAAGUCGGCCUCGGCCUGCAGAGGCGCCUGCAGGAGCUCCAGGUCCAGCUGGAGACGGAGCGGGCGAAAGCCCAGGAGAUGAGCGCCGCGUUGGGGAGAGAGAGGGAGCUGCGGGCCAGCGGGCUAUCCGGUGUGGAGGGCGGCGGCCAUGAUGGGAGGGAAAGUGGAGAAGAAAGUCUGCUGGAAAAACUGCAGAGGGAGCUGGAUGACAAACACACACAGGUCGUCCAUCUCCUCAGUCAGGUGGAGGCCCAGCGGCUCGAAGUGGUACAGAAAGAGGAGGAACUAACACUGGCCAAUCAGAAGUCCAGACAAGACCAGGACGGGCUCCAGGAGGCCCGAGCCGAACUGGACCGGCUGAAGGUACGAAUGUCAGAGGUCAAACAGCAGCUGGAGGAGGAGCAGCAGAAGAGGAAGAGCCUGGAGGAAGAGAAGGAGAGGCUGGAGGAGAGUGGAGCUCCGCAGGCCGUCUGGCACGGCGAGCCCACCGACCGGACCAAAGACUGGGUUCUCCAGCAGAAGAGCGGGAAUGCUCAGUCAGCAAGCGCCAACGCGUCGCCUCACACGGAGGGUUUCCCGGCCGACCCCCCAGGCGGGCCGCACCACGGCCCGUGGCGUACGGUCGACAGGGUCGUCGGGAAGCUCCACCUCGUUUCCUCAAAGAUCCGCAGCAUGGCCAGCAAGACGGCGGACAGGUCGACUGCGGAGGUUGACGGCGAGGAGCUGUCAUGGAUUCAGUCCAGUGUUGAUGAGGUCAUCGGCCUGCUGCAGCAAUCCCCAGGGUUGCCCUUCAUCCCAGAGAGUGUUUCCCUGCUGGCAGGAGGCUCGUCCAGCUCCUCCAACAGCCUGACGGAGCGGCUGCUGAGGCAGAACGCCGAGCUGACCGGGUUCGUGAGCCGUCUGACCGAGGAAAAGAACGAUCUUAGGAACCACACGCUGCGCUUGGAGGAGGAGCUGCGCCGCUACCGGCAGGCUGGAGCGGGAUCCGCUGGCCAUCCCAGCAGGAGAGGCGUGUCAAAGGCAGACUCGGGAGCGAUGCUCCUUUCUCAGGAACGGGAAGCUUGGACUCGGGAGAAGCUGCGUCUGGAAAAAGCUUUGCACCUGUCUCAGUCCCAGGUGGCUCGUCUCAGGGGAGAAAUUAGGUCCGACGCGCUGCGAGAGAUAACCGGGCCUGGCGCCGACAAUUCUGCGCUGAAGGUAAGAAAAAGGAUGUAUGGGAAGUACCUGAGGUCAGAAAGCUUCAGGAAAGCGCUGAUCUACCAGAAGAAGUAUCUGCUGCUGCUGCUUGGCGGCUUCCAGGAGUGUGAGGAAGCCACUCUGUCGCUCCUGUCCAAGAUGGGCGGCCGGCCUUCCCUCUCCAGCCUGGAGUCGUUCAGCCAGCGCCGCCGGGGGUUGAGCCGCUUCCGCUCAGCCGUCAGAGUGUCCAUCGCCCUCUCCAGAAUGCGUUUCCUUGUGAAGCGAUGGCACAAGGCGACGGGGAUGAGCUCCACGGUUUCCUGCAGCAUCAGCAAAAACGGAACAGGUUCAGAGGUGAGAGACUCACCAUUUCUUCACCCAGGUAGUGUGGACAUGUACAGAGACAGAGGAGCAGGAGGAGGAGGAGUGUCCAGCAGCAGAGGAAGGAGUGGACGGGAAUCUCCACGGUCAGGCGUCUCUUCCUCACACCACAGGUUCCACACGGUGGGGGACCACGGCGCUCUGACCUGCUCUCACCUUCAGAGCUACGACCCGGACCGCGCGCUGACCGACUACAUCUCCAGGCUGGAGGCUCUGCAGAGGAGGCUGGGCAGCGUGACAUCAGGUGCUUCUUCAUACGCCCAGUUGCACUUUGGCUUGAGAAGAUAGACGCUGACCGACUACUUUGGCUUGAAGAAACUCAGUUGCCUUUUCUCGUGCGGAGCGCUCUGCUGUUUUCUAUCAUCCUGCUGUGAACUGUCUCUCCACGUGGACCAAAACACAUUUUUAUAUUAGCGUACGACUUGUUGUAUCCAGGCUUCGUGUCGGCGGCACUUGAAACACAGCGAUGUUUGUAAUUUAAUCUGCCUCUUUGUUGUGGAUGAUCUUCAAUCAUGUAUAUUUGUCUCAUGCUAAUUUAAAGACGUUUUGUGGUUAAUUUAUAUGUUUGUUGUUGCGUGGGUGGAGCGUUGCGUUGAGAAUGUUUGGGUUUACUGUUAAGGAGGCUGCUACUGGAUGUUCUUCACUACACUGUGUUUUGUUUAGACCGGGCAGACUAAAGGGAGACAUUUGUAGAGAACGUAUUUUUGUAAAGCGUAGGAGCUUUGAAUUUUUGGGGUAUUUUGUCAAAAACUGAAAAAUAAAGAGGACUACAUUAUUUCAAA